GUCAGCUGUCAAAUUCAACAACUCAACCAGCCAGCAGCCAGCCAAUCUUCAACGCUCGUCCAACCGUUCACGCCCAGCGAAAUAGUGAAUAACAAAACAAUGAUAAUGAGAAUAAACUAAUUGUGUCGUAUAACUUUAUGUUUCAUCGUGUCAUUCUCAUAAAUCCCUGAAACAUGUCUGUGAGUGCGAGCGCCGAGAACCUGUCGACCGAUACACAGAGCUGCGAUGGCGGCUCGAUGUGCCUUGAACUGGCGUUGGAGGGCGAGCGUCUGUGCAAGGCGGGCGACUGCCGCGCGGGCGUGGCCUUCUUCCAGGCAGCCAUACAGGCCGGCACCGACGACCUGCGCACGCUCAGCGCCAUCUACAGCCAGCUCGGCAACGCCUACUUCUACCUCGGCGACUACAACAAGGCGAUGCAGUACCAUAAACAUGACUUGACGCUUGCCAGGACCAUGAACGACCAAUUAGGCGAGGCGAAAGCGUCCGGCAACUUGGGCAACACCCUGAAAGUGAUGGGCAAGUUCACGGAGGCCAUCCAAUGCUGCAAGCGGCACCUGGAGAUAUCGCGCGCGCUCGGUGACAAGCUGAGCGAAGGCCGCGCGCUCUACAACCUGGGCAACGUGCACCACGCGCAGGGCAAGCAGCUGGGCCGCGUGGGACAGAACGACCCCGGCCACUUCCCGCAGGAGGUCCGCGACUGCCUGCUGCAGGCGGUGGACUACUACGAGAAGAACUUGGAGCUGAUGCGCAGCCUGGGCGACCGUCAGGCGCAGGGCCGCGCGUGCGGCAACCUCGGCAACACGUGCUACCUGCUCGGCGAGUUCGCGCGCGCCAUCCGCUACCACACGGAGCGCCUGCGCAUCGCGCGCGAGGCCGGCGACCGCGCCGCCGAGCGACGGGCCAACAGCAACCUCGGCAAUUCGCACAUCUUCCUAGGACAAUUCGAGAACGCAGCUGAACAUUACAAACGCACGCUGGCGCUAGCGGAGGAGCUUGGCGACGCGGCCGUAGAAGCCCAGGCCUGCUACUCUCUCGGCAACACGUACACUCUGCUACGAGAAUACCGUGUGGCCGAGGAGUACCACGCGCGCCAUCUUGCGGCCGCGAGACGCCUCCAAGACCGCGUGGGCGAGGGCCGCGCCUGCUGGUCGCUGGGCAAUGCGCACGCGGCGCUCGGCAACCACGAGAAAGCGCUGUAUUACGCUAAUGAACACUACAACAUAUCUAAAGAGUUAGGCGACGUGCUGGGCAUGGCGACUGCGCAGAUGAACAUGGGCGACCUGCGCAAAGUGCUGGGCCUGCCGGCGGAGGGCGAGGCGCCGCCGCCGCCGGCCGACGAGCGCGCGCCGCGCACGCCGUUCAGCGCGCUGCGCGUGCGACGACAGAGCAUGGAGCAGCUGGCGCUCAUACAGAUAACCCCCGACGGCAAGAAGAAAGAGUCCGACGACCAAUCCGACGACAAGAAGGUGGUCCGUUCGGAGUCGGAAGAGAACCCUGUGGAGUCGUUCUUUGACCUUCUGAGUCGCUGCCAAUCCGAGCGCAUGGACGAGCAACGCGCCACGCUGCACGACAAGGAGAACCGGCCCAAGCCCAAGCAGCUGCAACGCUCGGCUAGCAGCGGCAACAAGAGCGCCAGCUCCAACGAAGCGAUGCUGGACAUGAUCACGGACAUGCAGUCGUCGCGCAUCGACUCGCAGCGCGCCGAGCUGCGCCCGGCCAAGAAGCUGGCCAAGGAGGGCAAGGGCGCGUCGCUGCCGGGGCUCCGCCAGCCCUCCGCCGCCGCCAAGCCCGAGGACGACUUCCUCGACAUGAUCGCCAGGGUCCAGGGCUCCCGGCUGGAGGACCAGCGCUCGGAGCUGCCGCGGCCGAAGCCCGAGGAGCGGCCCAAGACGGUGCCCGACGACGACUUCUUCGCGCUGCUCAUGCGAGCGCAGGCCGGCCGCAUGGAGGACCAGCGCGCUACGAUCCCGCUGCAGGAAAAUCGCCAAAAAACCGGUUCAAACUCCAAGAAGUAAAGACUUGGACGUUGGACGCCACCAUGUUUUUGUUGUCACUUCGUUACGUGCUAGGCGGCUGCACUGAGCCGUGUGCUACUAAUAAUGACGAAAUUUAUAAUAACUGCGACAUUGCUCGAAUGAUUCGGAAAUGGCUAAAAACUAAAAAUAGGGAUGGCAAGUAUAUGAUAUCGUAAAUGAAACAACUGGAUGAUUUUUAUUACGAUUUUGACCAUUAUCGUCACAGUGACGCCACCUAGUAGUAGAAACUAGAUAAUUUUCACACACGACUGUUGUUACGAUUCGUAAAGUAUACUGAGUCAUAAUAAUAUUAAUGCACGUAACCUGAUAAUGGAAUCUUUGAAUGUGGUUUAUGUAGACGUUAAUGGAACCGGUUGCUCUUUAUGAUGGUAUAUGGUUGUAUCGAUUCCCGCGGGCGUUUCCCUCAUAUCGUUACUAAUGUCUGGGCGUCCUCCAGUAACGUUUAUGACCCUGACCCGACUUAGUUCCCGAUUCGAAGACUUCGGUCUCUAAAGUUAGUAGUAAAUGGAAAAGACACGUUUCCGCUGUCAGACCAAAAAGCUUCCAUAGAGUCAAUUAUGGUAUCCAUAGACAAUAUUAUCGAAAUUUCAUCCACCCAGUGUCAAAAGUUUCCCAUCGACCAUACACCUUCUAUAUUUACUUAGUGUAGUUAUAUAGGAUUACGGACUAAGACUGGACGCCCAACCUUCAUUUAGACGCGAGCCGCGUCGGAAGCGGACUAACUCCACUAUUUUCGAAAUAUCUAUGAAAAAAAUAAAUAAC